AUGGGUCUGCUCGACUUACCAAAUAAAUUACUAUAUGCAAUAUCAAAGGAAGUUAAAAACCUACACUACUGUGAUGCCCUCAGUACUUUAUAUGCAUUUACAUUGACGCAUUCUGUUCUGUGGCGAUUGUUCGAGCCUGUGCUUUAUCAAUUCGACAUGGAAACCUACAAAGGCCGCGCACUGAAAUGGGGCGUGGAUAAUGAUGCCGUAGAAACCGUGGAAAAGUCUCUAGGCACAAGAACAUGGACCCCGGGUCAUCCUAUGUUGAGUGAGCUUCUGAUGAAAGCAGCUAAGUGGGGAUUUGUAGCCAUUGUCAAGCUUCUUCUUGAUCACAAUGCCGAUAUAAACCACUACAUAGUCCCUCCCUCUAGUUUUCACUUAUAUGAAUUGCGGAACCCUAUGUUAUGCGCGGUAGAAGAAGGGAAAACCGACGUUGUCGAGCUUUUGCUCGAAUACGAUAAACAAGCUGUUAAAUUCCGUGACCCGGUAGGGAUCCCAGGCCGCAUCCCUGCUCAUAUAAACUCACCCCUUUUUUUAGCAGUGAGAAGAAUCCACGUUGACAUUGUGAAACUACUGGUCCACAAGGGUGCCUUGGCUGUGGGACGUCGUGAAACCAGCGACCCCUUGGUGUAUGCUGUAUUGGAAGGAAAUUUAGAACUGCUGGCUGCUCUUCUUGGAGAAGUACACCCUCAAGACAGAGCAUAUAAGCACAGACAGGACAUUUCUUUUCCUGCCGAGCAUCUCGCCAACCUACUCAAAAAAGCAAUCUCUGGUGACGAUGUUGAAGUAGUCGGUCUUCUUCUGAAACACGGUGCUGAUUUCAAUAAGAUGAAAUUAACCAGUGAUGAGGAUUAUUAUGAUGGGUUUAAUUACGGGCAUUAUUAUGGAGAGAAAAAAUUUGAGAGGCUUAGCCGUCACAUGUUGGAAUAUCUUCUCAACAAUGGUCUCCCGUUGGACACGCGGAAAGCGUGGGGAACUGCCCUUUGGCAUAACGUUGUUGAGAAAAGAGAACUAUUACACUUGCUCCUCGCCCACCCACAAGGUCCGAAUACUUUUCGAAAAAAGUACCCCGUUCUCCUCGAAAGGGCGAUCUGGCGUCACAACAAAGAUGAUACGGAGUUUUUGUUGCAGCAAGGCAAAGAGUGGCGUACCCCAGCAGAUCUUUUUCCAGGUCUAUAUUCAGCGAUAUACUCUGGAUAUUAUGGUUCAGCUGCGAGACUUCUCUCAUGCGGUGCUCCCGCCAACGUACCUCCUGGGUUUACCUUUUUAUCACAGGAACACAGCCGAUACCGUCGCCAUAUCAUACGACCGCUACUAUGGAUAGCCACGAAGGGUGACAAUCUUAGAUUAGUGAAGUGCCUACUCGAACACGGUGCUGAUCCCAAUAAGAUCGCUUUCCCUAACCACCUGAAGAGCGCGAAAAAUGCUCUCCAACUUGCUAUUGACCGUAAAAACACGGAUAUUGCAGAGCUGCUGUGUGAUUAUGGUGCAGUUGCGGCCAAUACCACGUCGCAUGACAGGAGCUACACAAUGCGAGUAGUCCAGCGAGGCAAUCUGAAGCUGGCUGAGAGAUAUCUCUCGUAG